GACACUAGUUUCGAAUUCAAAAUAGUUUUCGGAAAUGUCAACUGGCGAAAAUUUUUGACGUUGCUACGCAGAUAUACGAAUAUUUAAAGCUUUUUCAACGUAGUUUAAGACAUUAGUCAAUUUGCUGCAGCACAAAUUUUCUUCUCUGAAACGAUAUUGUUUUCACGACUGUAAACCCACAAAAUGGCUGAAGACAAAAAGCGUGGGGAAGAGUCUGUGGAGGACGGUGGUCCAGGCCUUAUCUACAUGCCGUUUGUUGUUAAUGAAGAGCUCCUAGACAAGCUUAGACUGCUCAGCUAUGAGACAGAGUUCAUCAAGCCAUUAAACAUGAAGAACCUCAGCAGGCACUACUUUGCAAUAGCAACAAACCCUGGCGAGCAGUUCUUCAUGUUUACAUCACUUGCUGCCUGGCUCCUGAGGACCGCUGGGAAAGACUUCGAACAGCCCCAAGAGUAUGACGAUCCAAAUGCGACUGUCUCAAGUAUAAUUGCCGAAGUCAAGAAAUAUAACUACUCAGUGGACUUUCCCCCCUCCAAGCUGAAGCAGGGUGCAGGUGAACACUGCCUCUAUGUACUGGAUCGACUGGCAGAUGAGGCCCUCAAGGCCACCAACUUCCGCUGGGCAAGGCCUGAAUACCCAGAAGAAGAGAUGGAGGAAGAGAACAUCGUAGAGGAUGAUGCAGAACUCACUCUGAAUAAGGUGGAGGACAAUAUCUUUGGGGUUCAUGAAGAUGAGGAAUUCGAAGAUGAUGAGCCAAUGAUGGAUCUUGAGGGACUCAGUAAACUCAACCAGAAGAAUGACUUAAAGUCCAAACCCGAGGAGAUCAUGGAGUCCACAACCGAUGCUGCCGACUGGAAGAUGGAGGUGGAGAGGGUGCUGCCUCAGCUCAAGGUCACCAUCAGGACUGACAACAAGGAUUGGAGAGUGCACGUGGAACAAAUGCACCAACACAAAGAAGGAAUUGAGUCUUCACUUACGGAGACAAAAAGCUACCUCGAUAAACUGCAUGACGAAAUCACACGUACGCUUGAGAAAAUAUCGAGUCGUGAGAAAUACAUAAACAACCAGCUGGAGCACCAUCUGGUAGAGUUCCGAGGGGCUCAGGACAGUUUGGCAGAGACGAAGGAGAGAUAUCGCCAGGCCAGCGGAGGGGUCACAGAGAGGUCAAGGCUACUAGCAGAGGUGACAGAAGAGCUUGAGAAGAUCAAGAUGGAGAUGGAUGACAGAGGGUCCAGCAUGACUGACGGAGCUCCACUGGUGAAGAUCAAGCAGGCAAUCACGCAGCUAAAGAAGGAGAAUACACAGAUGGACAUUCGCAUGGGAGUCGUGGAGCACAUACUGCUGCAGGCCAAGUUGAAGGACAAGACCUCUCAGAACAAACAGGUGCACACUGCCCCGACCACUGCCAGCUACUGAGUAGAGAGGAAACACCAACAGGGCUGUGAAUGGACUUGAUACAGAAUUGGUUUUGACUUUAUCAUUAUACAUGGGCAGAUGUUUCAUUGGCAUAUGGGAAAAUGGAUCUUAUGCCAUAGGGGACCAGUGUAGCUCCAGUCCAGUCUGCGUAGUCUCUCAGACGGGUUAGGAGCUACUCUGUACACCAAUGUGAUCACCUUGUUUGACGUUUAAGUGGCCUGUGUAGCUCCUGAUCUGACUGUAUGGAUGCGCAGGCUGGUCUGGUCUGACUGUAUGGAUGCGCAGGCUGGUCUGGAGUUCGCUGGCUGCAUAUGGCAGAAGACCAACUUUCUGAUGACAUGGCUCAUAUAAUUCUUUUAGUCUCUAAUUGGACCAAAAUUGCCUUUUAGCAUAUCAUAUUUUUCCUCUUGUUAUUGGCUUGUAUAUUUGUAGAAUAUUUCUGUACAUGUAAACCUAUGCUAUGAUUAAUCUUGAACUGAACUUAGAUAUGCCCCCUGCCCUGAGAAAAAGGGGUUUAAUGCAUGUGCGAAAGGUGUAGUCCCAAAUUAUCCUGUUCUGUCCACACAGGCUAAUCAGGGACAACACUUUCUACUUUUAUGAUAUUUUUCACUUCCUGGCAAAAAUCAAUUGUAGGCAUAAAGUGUGGUCCCUUAUUAGCCUGUGUAGACUGCAUUAUACCCCCUUUUUACAGAGCGCAGCUCAAAAUGAAAUAAACACAGGCUUUAUCGGAACAGUGGUCAGUUGUUUUGUUCUUUAAGUUACUCUUCAUAUAACUGUAAGGAAUAAAUGGUGAGUAAGUCUAAUGAAGAACUAGUAUUCAAAAAUGAAUAUUUUGGGUGUAUUGUUUUUCUUACAGACUUUGAGAAGCAUAUUCUGUGAUUAUGUAUAUUAUGUAUAAACACACUUGUUUUCUGUGUGUAUUAAAUGAAUCCGUCCAAACUUUGUCUUUAUGAUUGUUAGAUAAUUGACUUAAGUUGAAAAUAUUAAGAUGUAUAAUUGUGCACUUUACAAAGAUUUUUUAAGAUUUAAAAUGCAUCUUGUAUGUGUGGUUUUUAUCUUGAGAAUGUUUAAGAAAAAAUGUGAAGUAUGUUAUAGCUGUAGUAUUAGAUCUACUUAAAAAUGUUAUUCUAUUAGUAUUUAUUUAUUUAUUGCCAAUACAAUGUAUGAAAUGUU